AUGGCUCAGGUGUUCAAUGUUACGAUCUUUUUUGUCGUGUUCAGAGAAUCGCUCGAAGCGGUGAUCAUUAUGAGUAUCCUUUUCUCAUUUUUGAAACAACAGUUUGGUACUGCAGAACACCACAAAGCAAUUUACAAGAAGUUGUUGAAACAGGUGUGGAUUGGUGGGUUUCUAGGGUUGUUUGUGUGUUUGUGUAUUGGUGCUGGUUUCAUUGGUGCGUUUUACUCGCUUAAAAACGAUAUUUGGUCCAAGUCAGAAGACUUGUGGGAGGGGAUCUUUUGUAUCAUUGCCACAGUCAUGAUUACGAUUAUGGGUGUGGCGAUGUUGAGAAUCAACAAGAUGCAACAGAAAUGGCGGGUGAAGCUUGCCCAAGCGCUUUUGAAGGCUCCCGAAAAGAAAAUGGACCGGUUGAAGAUCGGCUACUUAUCGAAAAAAUACGCCAUGUUUUUGUUGCCUUUCAUCACCGUAUUGAGAGAAGGGUUGGAAGCAGUGGUUUUUGUCGGGGGUGUUGGUUUGAAUCAGCUGGCCACCGCGUUCCCCUUGCCGGUUGUGGUCGGGCUCAUUGCCGGUAUUUCUGUUGGGGUUGUCCUCUAUUACUUCGGGAACAAUGUGUCAAUGCAAUUGUUCCUUAUUGUCUCCACUUCGAUGCUUUACCUUAUUUCUGCUGGUUUGUUUUCUAGAGGGGUGUGGUUCUUUGAAAACUACGUUUACUCCAAGCAGACUGGUGGUGAUGCUGCUGAAAACGGUUCUGGCCCCGGGACUUACAAUAUAAACAAAUCCGUGUGGCAUGUCAAUUGCUGCAACCCCCUUACCGAUCACGGUUGGGAUGUGUUUAACGCUCUUUUUGGCUGGCAAAACUCUGCCACUUAUGGUUCAGUGCUCUCAUACAAUGUCUACUGGAUUUUUAUUAUUGCUACCUUGUUGCUCAUGUUGUAUGAGGAGAAGCAUGGGCAUUUGCCCGGGUUAAAGAACUUGACUUUGGUUGAGUUGAACCCAAUGUACCAUAUUAAGGGAAAGAAGAAGAACCAGCUCACUGCUGCACAGGAGGAGGAACUCUUGGCUAAGAUGGAUGAUCAGGAGGCUUUGGCAAAGAUCUUGAACGGAGAGAUGCCGCCUCCUGCGGAUUUGAGCCAUACAAACGGGUCAGAACAAACGUCGCUGGACGAAGACGUGUCCCGGGUUCAGGAAGCUGUAGUAGGGGAAAAGUAA